AAUUUAAGGACUAACCUUUGCUCUUGCCGUCUUCCUCAGUUCACCACUUUGUUUACCUCUUGGAAUACUACUUCGCCACCAUGACCGGGAGCAAGUCUCGCCACAGAAGGGCUCGUGCGGCUGCGGCGAAGCUGAGGGAAUCCCAGCAAUGCCGUCCCUGUGCUGCUGUCGAGGUGCCUUCUGCGCAAGAGUCUUCAAGGGCGUCGCAGCCCGCGACUGCCACCUUCAGGCGAUCCUCCGUUCUUGCGCAUCUUUCUAUGUCUUUCACAACUUAUCAUCCCCUCCUUUUCUUACCUUCUCUCAAUCGUAUAUUCAGGUCGGGCGGCCUUAGUUUUCCCGCAGCCCUCCUGCCUGCGGAAACAUCUUCCACGGAGCCAAGUUCUCAAAGCAGCGAGAAGCCCCGCUACGAGAUCGGGCCCAUUUUAGAAAUGGUUAUGGGCGAUUUCUGCGUCGAGACGGCGGACAGAAGCGCCCUCGCCGAUGAGUGCAUGAGACUUUAUUCUGAGCUCGCCACUGAGAAGAUCCGGAUUCGCAUUCUCGACGAUAUCGCCAUGAAAUCGUUCACUGCGAGUAAUGAGAUCCAGCGGCGGAGCCUCGGCCAGGCGGAGACCAUGGACAAACUCGCCGGACUGAUCCUGAACCUCACGGUUAGGACGGACAAACUAGAGGCUGAGCUGUCACAGAUUUGCAUAAAAAGAGUGACAUUUUUUGUUCUGUCUAGAAAUUGGUAA